GCGCGGCAAAACAAUCGUAGCUUACUGAUUAAACUUUAUAAAGUUACCGUAAAAUAUGGUAUCAGAUUUUCUGUGGAAUUGGAACUGAUUUAUUACAUACUUUUAUAAUUUUCUUUUGAGUGCGUGAGUGAGGAGAUUUGAGAUUUUUUGCCCGAGGAUGUCCAGACACGUGCUGCUAUCCCGGCUCGCCGAGCAGUUCCAGGCUUCCUCGCCGCCGCCGGCCCACCGAUUUCCGUCUCCGGACCGGAGUGUGUCUCCUAAUUCCCCGUCUCCGAAAUCACCCCCACAUUCACCAGAUUCUUUAGCACGACAUCGCUUAGAUAUGCUCCAACUUGGCGAUAUUGAACUAGCAGGGAGAGCUUUGAAACAAUAUGAAUUUGGAGCGCUAAUGUACUGCAGCGGUCUGGGAGCGCUAUAUGGAGGAGCUGGUGUGUGGCCUCUGUUGCUUCCUCGAGGUUCACCACCCUUCAUGCGCCCAUCUCUCGAUUACUCGAGACAAACUCCGCCAAGAGAUGACGACGAGGAAGAGCUACCACUGAAUUUAUCAACAAAGAAUAGACAGAUUUGGUCGCCGGGAAGCGCUUGCGAACGGGAACGAGAGGCUGACAGCUCGUCGCCGCCACCGCGAUGGGCGCUUGAAGUCAAAUUAGAAGAAGAAUCACCUCUAGAACUCGUCAAGAGGUGUCGCAGCAGUCCUGACGCCGACGAAUACGACUCCAACACAGAAAUUCGCCGAUGCCCGUCUGCACCCGCCCACCAAACAUAUCAGUUACCACCGGCCGCUUCCGGAGAUCUCAACUUCUCAAUGUUACUGAAAAAUGAAAACAGAAACGAAAAAACAUUCCAGUGCAAGCAGUGUGGCAAAUGUUUCAAGCGGUCCAGCACGCUAUCCACGCACCUCCUGAUCCACUCUGACACCCGGCCCUACCCGUGCCAAUACUGCGGGAAGAGGUUCCAUCAGAAAUCUGACAUGAAGAAACACACUUAUAUACAUACAGGUGAGAAGCCACACAAAUGUGUGGUGUGCUCGAAGGCAUUCAGCCAGAGCUCGAAUCUGAUCACCCAUAUGCGCAAGCAUACUGGCUACAAGCCUUUCUCCUGCGGGCUGUGCGACAAGGCCUUCCAAAGAAAAGUGGAUCUCCGUCGCCACAGGGACUCACAGCACGCUGACGCUCCCGAGCCCGCAGCCAUGCCACCGCAUCGCUACAGGUUCUACGGUGAUGAAACACCGGCUCCAUUAGCACCUCUUAUCACCAACUAAACUACUUAUGUCCUCAUCAUCAAGAAGCACACACUUUAGUAUCGCCAUAUACUUGGUGUUGGGGUAAGAGAUAUUUAACAGUAAAAUAAUCAAUAUUACCUUGCAUAAUUUCUGUGUUGACAAAAUAACGCGUUAAAAAUUUGUCGGUAGCUCAUAUCCAAACUUUGUCUUGUAAAACUAAACUUCUCCAAGAUUUACAUAGAAAAGGCUGUAAUGAUUGUAAAUAAUUUUGUUACCUUACACUAGUGCCUUAAGAUUCGAAAGUAAUGUAACAUGUUUUAACAGAGAAUUGCUACGAGUACAUACCCUCAAACUGUUGUGAUAAAAUUCUCUUCAGUUAACAGUAUUCAAUCUCAACUUCGCUCAUGAGUUAUCUCGUGUUUUCGUCUCGUCUUUGGAAUCUACGCAUAGAAAUCUAAAUACAUUUUUAUGGUACCUACUGUGCCUUUCAGUUACAUCAAAUAAUUAUGAUUACUUAUAAAAAUUAUUAUUAAACCAUCCGUCCAUGAUGUCGUGAUAUACAAUUAUAUUGAUAUUAUUUAAGUAAUUUACCAGAACAGAAUGUGAGAUAAUCGAAAGUUUUACAGUCACAUUUAAGACAGCAACCAUUUAAUUAGGUAUUAAGUUUUAAUAAUAAGUGUAUGUAUAAUUGUAAAGUCUAAAGAAACCAAAGUGAAGUGUCUUAUUUAGUCGAGUGUAAAACGCUUUAUUUAUUUAGAUUUUAAUUAAAUGCCUUAACGAUUUUAACAUUUAAGAUUAGCAUCAUAUUAUCUAUGUAUUUAAUACCAUUUUCUGAAAAUCAACUACCGAAAGGUUACCAGUUUAAGGGCCAAUCGGUCUGCUUACCAAUAUAUUGAUGGGUGGACAUUUAAAAUAAAAUUAUUUGUCUAAUCUAAGUAUUAGAACUUAUUUUAAUGAUGAUUUACACCGAGGUACUAGUCCGUUCAGGCGCCUAUAUAUUUCUAAAACUUUAAGAUAGGCGUCUACUUUUGACUUGUAACUGUUAAAACAGCUACCAACAUAAGUUAUGUAUAAGUAGUUUUUGAUACACUUAAGUGUAUUCAUAUGAUCACUUUACUCCGCAUAACUUAUUAGGUGAGGUUUGUGUAUAAUUUAUGGAGUGCUGUUAAUAUUUCAUUAAUCUUUUAAAAAUCUAGUAUUAAUGUGAUCUUUACAAAUUUACCUACCAAGUUAAAAGUGCAAGCUACUUUAAUAGACUUGUUAACGAACUUUAAGUAUAUUAUGCAUUUAGUGUAGUUUAAUGAUUUCUUUCUUUUCUUCGUUUAUUAUUAAGAUUUUAAGACCAACAUUGAAAAAGACUAAAUAGGUACCUAGUACUGGUGCAUAUUGUUAGGAGGCUAUGAUAACUCCUGCCCAGUUUAUUAUUGGAUUUGUAAUUGAUAUUAAUAUAUUUGCAGAGGUGAAAAUAUCUAUCCUACUUAAGUAUAUUAAAAAUGUUCAUGUUCAGGUAUAGAAUAGGUUGGUAGCUCAUAGCUAUUGCAUGAUCUUUAUAUUUACUGAGGAAGGUUCAGAUAUAAGAAUAGCCUAAAGAAACGGCUAGAACACCAAAGAGUAAAGCUUUGAUUGUUUGCUAUACCGUCGCUCUAAAUUGUAAUUCUUUUAGUCAAACUGUACAUGUAUGUGUAGAACACGCUAUAUCUUCAUGAGCCACCUACUCAAUGUAGUUGUAGCCUACGAAAUUGUUCUCGGUGAAACCGUGAAGCAACUUGACAAAUGUAAACUAGGAAAUAAGACGAUUCGUUUUGUUGAAGUCAUUUUUGUAAGUUUGUUUAUAAGUUAAGCAUAACUUAU